UGGAGAAGCGCAGUGAUACCAAAGAGAAACGCACCGCAGACAGGUGCAUGACGCAAAACAGAAACCCCAGUAGUAGAAGAUUUGGCUAUUUUUACAACUAAGAAACGCCGUCGGAAAACAUUGGACAGCCUUUGUAAUUGUACAGAAUGACAAUAAGAGUCUGCUAGUAUCUGAUCUCCCUCCUUUCCCAGAGUGGUUGUCUACACCAACACACACCUUAUUCAUUCUGCUCUCCUCCGGCAUGUCAGGUGGUUACGCUCCAGCCCCUGGGGGCCCCUUCUCAGCCCUGACCUCCAGUAUGUGGCCCCAGGACAUCCUGGCCAAGUACUAUCAGAAGGACCCAACAGAGGAGGCAGGACUGCAGUAUGAUGAGUUUGGCUUCAGGCUGGACAGUGAUGAUGGAGUAGAGCCAGAGCCGAGGCCAGAGCCCCAGAGAGAGGACCCCCAGCAGAGGCUGCGCUGGCAGGCCCACCUGGAGUUCACCCACAACCACACCGUAGGAGACCUGACCUGGGACCUCAUCUCCGUCCUGCCCCGCUCUGAACGCCUCCGCUCCCUGGUGCUGGGGGGCAUACCACACAGCAUGAGACCACAGUUGUGGAUGCGUCUGUCUGGAGCUCUGCAGAAGAAAAGGACUACAGAGAUCUCCUACAAAGAGAUCGUUAAGAACUGCACCAACGACGAGACCACUGCUGCCAAACAGAUAGAGAAGGACCUGUUGCGGACCAUGCCCUCCAACGCGUGUUUCUGCAGCCUGCAGAGUGUGGGUGUUCCCAGGCUGAGGCGGGUACUGCGGGGCCUGGCAUGGCUCUACCCAGACAUUGGCUACUGCCAGGGCACAGGCAUGGUGGUGUCAUGUCUGUUGCUGUUCCUGGAGGAGGAGGACGUGCUGUGGAUGAUGUGUGCCCUGAUCGAGGACCUGCUGCCACCCUCCUACUUCUCCUCCACCCUGCUGGGGGUCCAGACAGACCAGAGGGUCCUCAGACAGCUCAUAGUCCAGUAUCUACCAAGCCUGGACAGGCUUCUGCAGGAGCACGACAUUGAGUUGUCUCUGAUCACGCUGCACUGGUUCCUGACAUCGUUUGCCAGUGUGGUGGACAUCCGCAUCCUGCUGAGGAUCUGGGACCUGCUGUUCUACCAGGGUUCUGUGGUCCUCUUCCAGGUCACACUGGGCAUGCUCAAGAUCAAGGAGGAGGAGCUGGUGUCCUCUGAGAACUCUGCGUCCAUCUUCAACACGCUGUCCGAUCUGCCCAGCCAGCUGGGUGACGGGGCUGCAGUACUGGGGGAGGCCAUGAGGCUGGCGGGGGCGCUGUCCCAGGACACACUGGAGGCCCAGAGGAACAAACACCUGGCUUACAUCCUCAAUGAGCAGGCCCAGCUCAACACCAACAACUCCCACACACUCAACAACAACCUGAAUAAAGUUGUGAGGAGACAGUCGCUACGUAGGAAGUCCACUCUGAGCUCUCUGUUGUGGGGUGAGGACGAGGCGGAGGCUCUCAAGUCUAAGAACAUCAAGCAGACAGAGCUGGUAGCAGCGCUCCGAGAGGCCAUCACCCGCACCGCUGAACACUUCCACUGUCUGGACCCCCGACACACCAGCACUGACCUGACUCCAGACUACUCCAUGGAGAGCCACCAGAGAGACCACGAGAACUUCCUGGUUGUGUCUCGUAACCGACGGAGACGGGCCAAAGCCCUGUUGGACUUUGAGCGCCAUGACGACGACGAACUGGGCUUCAGGAAGAACGACAUCAUCACAAUUUUUUCCCAGAAAGAUGAGCACUGUUGGGUGGGAGAGCUCAACGGGCUGAGAGGUUGGUUUCCAGCCAAGUUCGUAGAAAUCCUCGAUGAGCGGAGCAAAGAGUACUCUCUGGCGGGUGAUGACUCGGUGACUGAGGCGGUGACAGACCUGGUCAGAGGGACGUUGUGUCCUGCCCUGAAGGCCAUCUUCCAACACGGUUUGAAGAAACCCUCCAUACUGGGAGGACCCUGCCACCCCUGGCUCUUCAUAGAGGAGGCAGCCAGUAGAGAGGUGGAGAGGGACUUUAACUCGGUCUACUCCAGACUGGUGCUGUGUAAGACGUACAGAUUAGAUGAGGAUGGCAAGGUUCUCACACCAGAGGAGCUGCUCUAUAGAGCGGUGCAGUCUGUAAAUAUGAGCCACGACUCUGCACACGCUCAGAUGGACGUCAAGUUCCGCUCGCUCCUCUGCGUGGGCCUCAAUGAGCAGGUGUUACACCUGUGGUUGGAGGUGUUGUGUUCCAGUAUGCCUGCAGUGGAGAAGUGGUACCAGCCCUGGUCCUUCCUACGCAGCCCAGGAUGGGUCCAGAUCAAGUGUGAGCUCAGGGUUCUCUCAAAGUUUGCCUUCAGUCUCUCUCAGGACUGUGAGCUGCCUGCCAAGAAAGAGGAGAAAGAUCAGAGGCCACUGAAGGAAGGAGUCCAAGACAUGUUGGUGAAGCAUCAUCUCUUCAGCUGGGACAUCGAUGGCUAGAGACACACACCCAAAGCCUGCAAAAAACUCCCCUGCCCAACACAUGCUGUGUGUCUACCAGAGUGAUCUUUCUGUUUCUUUCAUAUUGACUGCUAUGUCAGAACCCACUACUAGUGUUUCCAUCACUACCUCUCACUAGGAAGUAUUGUAUUGUUCAGACAUUUGAUCAUCAUUCUACAAACACAUUGAUAUGCAUCGUGGUUUCCCUUCCUCGUCUCAACUAAACUGCAUCCGAAGCCUUUCUACUGAGGAUAGUACACUAUAGGGGGCGUGUUCAGCAGGACGCAACUUUAUGGAAUGUUCAGAUAGAAAUAAGCAUUGUAGAACAAACAUGCCUCUGACAUGUAGAA